AUUUAUUUGUAUGCAUCUGGGUUUGUUUGAAGCGCUUCCGGACGAUAAUUCAACAGCAGCAAGUAAUUUUAACAGCCAAAGAUAACGCGCGACGAUGGCAGAAUACUUGGCCUCCAUUUUUGGCACCGAAAAGGAUAAGGUCAACUGCUCGUUUUACUUUAAAAUCGGUGCCUGCCGACAUGGGGACCGCUGUUCCCGCAUCCACAACAAGCCAACCUUCUCGCAAACCUGCCUUCUGCAGAACCUGUAUGUCAACCCGCAGAAUUCGGCCAAAUCGGCCGACGGUAGCCAUCUGGUAGCGAACGUAUCGGACGAAGAGAUGCAGGAGCAUUAUGACAAUUUUUUCGAGGACGUGUUCGUAGAAUGCGAAGACAAGUACGGCGAAAUCGAGGAGAUGAACGUGUGCGAUAAUCUGGGCGAUCAUUUGGUCGGGAACGUGUACAUAAAGUUUCGCCGUGAGGAAGACGCUGAACGGGCUGCCAAGGAUCUAAACAAUCGUUGGUUUGGUGGCAGACCGGUUUACUCGGAACUGUCCCCGGUUACUGAUUUCCGCGAGGCGUGUUGUAGGCAGUACGAGAUGGGUGAAUGCACGCGUUCCGGCUUCUGUAACUUCAUGCAUCUGAAGCCGAUAUCGCGCGAGCUGCGACGCUAUUUGUACUCUAGACGCCGCGGUCGUUCCCGGUCCCGUUCUCGGUCACCACGACGCGGCGGAGGUGGUGGUGGUGGUGGCGGCGGAGGCGGUGGAGGUGGUGGCGGCGGCGGUAUUGGAGGUGGUCGUGAUCGUUCCCGCGAUCGUCGUCGAUCGCGCAGUCGAGAGAGGAAAAACGAUCGUAACGACAAUGGGCGCAAAGGACGAUACUGAAUACAAUGCGAGCUGAGCAAAGAUAGAGCGCCUUUUUCUUGUUUUUAACUCAAUAAUUUGUCAUGUACUUUACACCAACCGGCAUGGGUGGAAUUGAAUCAUUGCACGUGCAGUGGCAAAUAUCCAUCACUACGUUUAAAUACAUUUACAUACGGAAAAAUGGUUCGUGAGCAUGCCGUUUCGUUCUCAAUUCUUAUCAGUAAAUAAGAACCAACUUCCUCCUGUGGCAAUAGGGUGUCAACAGCUUUGAUUCAUUAGAAAUAGGAUAAAGUAUAUAAGCAAAACUAAUUCACCACAAAAGCAUGAAUGAAACGUAAGUCAUUUGGAGAACAAAGUGAACUUUAAUAAAUAAAUAAAGUUGUAUGUAACGCAAGACAUUAAUAAGAGAGAACA